UUCCUGCUUCAGCACUGACAGAAUUAAACAGAGUCACUAAGCCCACCCAGGCAGAGCAAAAGGCAAACAAAUCCCGCUGUCCAUGCGGACGGGAGGGGGAAAGCAGCUGCAAAGCCGCUGAAAACCUUUCGGGGAGGCGCGGCAUCCCUCCCGCCGGGGCCGCAGCGCCCAGCCGGGAUGCUGCCUGCCCUCCUCCCUCCCAGCAGCCCUGCUUCCGGCACAUGGCCGGCUCCGCUUCCCCGUGCCCGGCAUCCAGGGCCUCUCGGUGCCCCGGCGCGGAGCAGGCGGAGGGCUCGGCUCGGCUCGGCACAGCCCGCAGAGCCCCAUUUACAACCCACCCCACAGCUGGAGAGGGGGGAAAAGCCACACAGCAGCAAAACCCUGUGGCUGUUUGGGCAGCUCCGUUUGUCCGUACCUCAGACUCCCAGGAAAGCAGGAUGAAGGACGUUUCUCACAGUGGAAUGACCUGCUGCAGCAGCCAAGAGCACAGGCCGGACAGCAGAGAGCACAUGGCCCGGGAGUCCCAGCAGGACAGGGAGCUGGGCGCCUGUCCCAGGGAGAGCCCGUCCUUCCACAGGCGCUUCACCACCCUGACCAUCACCAGGGAGCCUCGGAGCAAGCACGGAGCCUCGGAUGGAGCUGUGGGAACCAGCCAGGGAUGUGCCAGCACCAGCAGUGGAGCAGCUGCCACCACCACCACCACGCUGUUUGAACCCAGUGGAGAUGGGCAAACCCCGCAGGUCGUGGUGCUGGUGGGGGCCCCAGGGAUGGGGAAGACAACGAUGGUCAGGAAGGUGAUGGUGGAGUGGGGAGAAGGAGCACUGCACACGCAGUUUGACUUUGUCUUCUGCAUUGACUGCAAAGCCAUCGUCCUUCCCAUGGAAGCCAGCGUGGCAGACCUGGUUUCACGGUGCUGUCCUGGCCUGCGAGUGCCGGCUGGGAAGAUCCUGGAUGACCAGAAGAAGAUCCUGUUCAUUUUUGAUGGCUUCGAGGCCCUGGGGUUUUCCUUGGUUCAGCCUGAAGCUGAGCUGAGCUCUGACCCCAGGGAGGUGAAGCCACUGGAGCUCACCCUGGUGAGCUUGUUGAAGAAGACUUUGCUCCCCAAAGCCUCUUUGCUCAUCACCAUGAGGCCCACGGCUCUUGGAAGCCUGAGGCAGUGCCUGAAGGGUGAGAGUUACGUGGAGAUACAGGGAUUUUCAGCAGCCAGGAGGAAAGAGUAUUUCCACAAGUAUUUUGAGAACCCCAACAAAGCAGACAUGGCCUUCAGGUUUGUCAGAGGCAACGAGAUCCUCUAUAGCUUGUGUGUCAUCCCUAUCAUGAGCUGGACCACCUGCACCAUCCUUGAACAAGAGCUUUGUGAGAAGAAAAACCUCCUUGGGUGUUCCAAAACCACCACAGGGAUGAUGAUGUUCUACCUGUCCCAAUUACUGAAGCACAGGGACAGGGACAACCCACAGGUCCUCCAGCAGUUCCUACUCCAGCUUUGCUCCUUGGCUGCUGAGGGUAUCUGGAAGCACAAGGUCCUCUUUGAGGAGAAGGAAAUCAAGGACUGUGGCUUGGACCAGCCGGGUCUUCUCCCCUACUUCCUCAAUGAAAGGAUCCCAAGGGAAGGAGAAGACCAUGAGAGUGUCUAUGCUUUCACCCACCUGCACCUCCAGGAGUUUUUUGCAGCAAUGUUUUACGUCCUGGAGGAUGACGGGGGAACAAUCAGCAGCUUGGGGAAGCUUGAGAAGGAUGUAAAUAAAUUAUUAGAAAGCUACAGCAAGUCCAGAAAGGAUUUGAACGUAACAGUGCGAUUCCUCUUUGGUCUGGUCAGCCAGAAAUCCAUAGAGUACAUGGACAAAACCAUUGGGUGCAGAAUUUCACCACAAGCCAGGAAAGAGCUGCUGGAGUGGCUUCAGGGGAGGCACAGAGGCCUCUCCCACCCUGGCCAAGCACUGAAGGUUUCGGAGAUGGACACUUUCCACUUCUUGUUCGAGAUGAACGAGAAGAGCUUUGCACAAAGUGCAUUGGGUCAUUUCACUGACCUGGACUUGCAGGACACCAGGCUGACCCUGUAUGACCAGCUGGCUCUUUCCUUCUGCAUCCAGUACUGGGCUGGGCUGAGCUCCAUCAUCCUCCAGGGAUGCUCCUUCCACUGGCAGGAUCCUGAGGCAGAGCUGGAUGUGUCAGUGCCUUGCUCUGCAGCCUCGGGAGCCGGAGGACAUCCCGGUGCCCUGGUCGUGCGGCGGCAGGAGGAGCUGCCCGGCCCCAUCCACCUGCUCUGCCGGGCUCUGCGGCACCGGGACAGCGCCCUGCAGGUGCUCCGGCUGCGGUGGUGCCGGCUGUCCGAGAGCUGCUGUGCGGAGCUGGCAGCACUGCUGGCGGAGCACCCUGGCCUGGCCCAGCUGGAGCUGGCAGACAGCUCGCUGGGGGACAGCGGCGUGCGCCUCCUCUGCGAGGGGCUGCGGAAUCCGGGCUGCCGCCUGCGCAUCCUGCGGCUGCGGUAUUCCCGCAUCACCAGUGCCAGCUGUGAGGACCUUGCUGCUGCACUGGGCACCAACACCUGCCUGGAGGAGCUGGAUUUGUCCUUCAGCGAGGGCCUGCGAGAUGCCGGCGUGGAGCUGCUGUGUGAGGGGCUGCAGCACUGUGCCUGCCCGCUACAGACACUGCGGCUGGGCAGCUGCCGGCUGUCGGGCGCCUCCUGCCCGGCCCUGGCUGCGCGGCUGCUUCAGGGGCCCCGUCUCACCUGCCUGGACCUGAGCGACAACGAGCUGGGGGCCCAGGGCGUCCUGCAGCUCUGCCAGCAGCUCCGGCAUCCCGCCUGCCCGCUGAGGAGCCUGGGGCUGAGCACGGACGGCUUCAGCCGGGCCCUGCUGCAGGAACUGGACGCCCUGCGGGCCCUGCAGCCCGCCCUGAACAUCGGGAACCUCCUGGAGCACCAGGUGCCGCAGGCAGGGGCCAUGGCCCGGCUGCCCUGCCAGCGCGGGCUGCUGCCAGGGGGCAGGAAGGUGCUGCCCUCCUUCAGGAGACCUCCCCUCCUUUAGGAAAAGGAUGCUGCCAACAUCCAGAGCCAUUCCCUAACCAGCUCUGAGUGGGGCUGAGCCUGCCCCACCCAUGGGGCACAGGGAGGAGAUCCUGCUGCAUCUGCCAGGGGGGGAUCCGGGUCCUGCCCUCUCCCGUUUCCCCUCGCUGUGGCUGGCAGCUGUUGUGGGCAUUUGGCAGUGAUAAAUAAAGACCUUGCAAUCCCAGAAAUCUCCUGGGCUCUUCCUCCUUCAGCCCACCAAUCCCAGGGAUGUGUCUCUGGUUCCAGUUUCUGCCUCACAUCCCCAAGGAAUGG